UAAUGCAUUCUUCCUUACCAACCAAAAAUGGAGCACCCCUUCUCUGUGUUUAUUCUAUUCGCUUUCCUUUCUCUCCUCUCUUUCUCUUCCGCAGAAUUCGCGGACGAUGUCGGGCUCGCGCGAUCGAAUCUCCCCUCUGUUCAGGCCGAGAAGCUUAUCAGAGAACUGAAUUUGUUUCCCAAACAUGACCUCAACGUCAUCGACGGUCGAGAUUAUGCUCCCCAACCCAAGAAGCUCGUCGAGAAGCCGCUCAGGUUUCCGAACCUCCUGGGCUCGGGAGUCCCCGUGGAGGAUUUGGGCCACCACGCUGGGUACUACAACAUCGAGCAUUCACACGCUGCUAGGAUGUUCUACUUUUUCUUUGAAUCACGCUACAGCAAGAAAGACCCCAUUGUUAUCUGGUUGACCGGAGGGCCUGGGUGUAGUAGUGAAUUGGCCAUGUUCUACGAAAAUGGCCCUUUCACCAUUGCAGACAAUUUGACCCUUGCGUGGAACGAGUACGGUUGGGACCAAGCAUCAAACCUUCUCUAUGUUGACCAACCUACUGGGACCGGCUUUAGUUAUACUUCUGAUAGGCGUGACAUUCGGCACAAUGAAGAGGGUGUUAGUAAUGACCUUUAUGACUUUUUGCAGGCCUUCUUUGCAGAGCAUCCUGAGUUUGCAGAGAACGACUUUUACAUAACUGGGGAAUCAUAUGCUGGGCAUUAUAUCCCUGCUUUUGCUGCUCGUGUCCACCGAGGAAACAAAGCUAAUGAAGGAAUCCAUGUAAACCUUAAGGGAUUUGCCAUCGGCAAUGGACUUACUGAUCCUGCAAUCCAAUACAAAGCAUACACUGAUUAUGCGCUGGACAUGGGCAUAAUUACAAAAUCUGCAUACAAUCGAAUUAAAAAGGUGGUUCCAGUCUGUGAAACAGCAAUCAAGCUUUGUGGCACUGAUGGUACAAUCUCUUGUGUUGCUUCAUAUUUUGUUUGCAAUACCAUAUUCAGCAGCAUCAUGGCCCUUGCUGGUGAUACCAAUUAUUAUGACAUUAGAAAGAAGUGUGAGGGGAGCCUCUGUUAUGACUUCUCAAACAUGGAGAAAUUCCUAAACGAGAAAUCUGUUAGGAAUGCCCUAGGAGUUGGGGACAUGGACUUUGUGUCAUGUAGCCCCACAGUGUAUCAGGCCAUGCUGGUGGAUUGGAUGAGGAAUCUGGAAGUUGGCAUUCCUGCACUUCUGGAGGAUGGAGUCAACUUGCUAGUGUAUGCUGGAGAAUAUGAUCUCAUAUGCAACUGGCUUGGUAAUUCAAGAUGGGUUCAUGCUAUGGAAUGGUCUGGUCAGCAACAGUUUGUAGCAUCACCCGAAGUUCCUUUUGAAGUUGAUGGUUCAGAAGCUGGAGUACUGAAAAGCCACGGGGCUCUCAGUUUCCUCAAGGUCCACGAUGCGGGUCACAUGGUUCCCAUGGACCAGCCCAAGGCUUCAUUAGAGAUGCUGAGGAGGUGGACUCAGGGAAAACUUUCUGAAGUGCCAUCUGAUUCUGGAAAAUCAAUUGCUGAGAUGUGAUUACCUCCUUUUCUGCCCAUCUUUUUUUAUCGUAGGUUGCAGAAUUUGGCAUCAAAAUAGCAACCACUCUUCUGGUUUCCUUGGUUCCUCACUAAGCUUGUGAAUGUAUAUGUAGACCAGCACUUGAGUUUAAAAGAACUCCAUAUAAUGUGGUAACUUGACUGAUUUUGGAUAUAUAUCAACAAUAAGAAUAUGCCAGAUGUUUGUAUAGUUGA